AUGGGCCAGUGUCUAAGGGCAUGGUAUUGGGGCCAAGGAAAGAAGGAGAAUGCGCGGGGAGAGAUACCAGAAUUUGGCAUAUACAAAAUUACGGACGAGCGUGGGUGCGUACAAGAUGGGUGGAGUGUUCUUUAUGCUGCAUUAUUUGGCGUUGAAUGGAGUGCCAUUAGAAGGGUCCUUUUUACAACCAUCCUUUUGAUUUUGUGUUGGCCAUGA